AUGUCACAUUACUAUGCAUUAUGGACUGUACUCAAAACAUUUAAUGCUUUGAUUGAAACACUUCAAGUUAUUAGAGAUACAGAAGGGCCAGGGGACAGACAAUGUGGCAUCACUGCCGGUGGUUUACUAAAAUACUUUACAUCGGAAAUAUUUUUGUUAACAGCUUAUAGCUUUGAAAAUAUGUUCAAAAUUUUUGAUAAAACAUCUCAACACUUGCAAAGUCCAGAUUUUGAUAUUUACUGCGCUACCAUGUUAAUAGAAGACAAUUUGAAAUCCUUAAAUAAACUUCGAACAGAUGAAUUAUUUAAUGAAAUCUCUGAUCAAACAAAAAAGUUAAUUAUAGAUAGUGAUUAUGAGUUUGAACCUUUACCUCAACAUAGAUCUCGUAAGCGAAAACAAAUGGCUGAUGAAAACGCAAUAGAUGAAGUAAUAAUUCUCCCUAUACAACAUUUCAAAGUUAACACAUACUUUUCAGCUCUGGACUGUAUAAUAACUCAGUUAACAGAAAGGUUCAUUGGUAACAGUAAUACUUCAUCAAAUAGCUCAAAAAGUCCUGAUAAAUCUACCCUUGGUUUAUUAAAAGAUAUUAGUCUUUUGUCUAAGAAAAGGUUGAAUGAAGUAAAACAAAAUAUUAAAAAACUUCCAGUAGAUGCUUUUGAUGUUUUUGGAAAAAUUUAUUCAAAAUUUGUUCAACCAGAUAAUGCUAGACACGAGUAUAAAGAAUUUUGUAACUAUUUUGAAUUAUUGGAAAAAUGUGAAAGUUUGCCAAAUAUGCUUCAUGAUAACAGAGAUACUGCGGUUUGUUUUGAAGAUUCUGAUAUAAAUCAAGAAGAGGAUUUUGAUUCAGAAAAUGACAACUAUUUAAUAUCAAACAAAGAAGAUAAUGAUGCAUCAGAAAAAAACAUAAAAAAUCAUGGAAGUCUUACUUUAAUAUACAGAUUAUUUUGCAAUCACGGUUCUCUUAAAAUUAUGUUUCCAACUUUAUUUACCAUGUAUAAAAUUGCAUUAACAUUACCAGUGGGAAGUGUAGAGACAGAAAGAAGUUUUUCCAAACUUAAAAUUAUUAAAAACAGACUUUGUUCUACCAUGUCUAAUGACAGACUAGAAGCACUGAUGAGGAUAAAUUGUGAGCAAGAUAUUGAUAUUGAUUACACAUGUGUAAUUGAUAAAUUUAGUCUAAAAUCUCAUUGUUGA